GCCUCUCAGUUGUGGCUGGACCGCCACCGACGACCGGCGAUCGUCUCUCUCUCUCGCGUCAACUUUCUCGCAUACCGCAACUCUCACUGCCACCAUUUCACUUACACUCUCUCUCUCGCUGGUGCCUCUCCAUCCAUCUCCACCCACGUUAUGUGUUAUUGUUGUGAUUGUGACGCUACUUUCACAGUUUUUGUUACUAUUACACAGAGAAAACCAAAACAGUUGUUAUAAUUUUUCUCUGUGUACUUUUGUUUUUUACAUUGAUGUUCUUUGUCUGUCAUGUAUCGCAAUAAUGCGGAGAGCUCUUUUUGUUUCAUCAAUCGCCUGAACGGGAACGCCAAUGAUGAACUGCAGCAGCCGGGAGAACAUGAGCCUACUUCGGCGCUCUUGGAUUACUGCAAACGGAAGUUCCUCCGUCCGUAUGUGGCCAUCUUGACGCUGGUCGGUCUCAAUCCCAUCUCGACGGACAUGAGCAAUGUGAGGGCCUGCUGCAGUUACGUUCAGGCCUUAAUGGUGCUAUGUGUGCUCUUGGUGGGCUAUGUUCUUCGGUACAUAUGCGGUUACAGAGGCGAUCGGGGCUUCACCAGCAACCGGGACAUACGGCCCAUAAACAACGGAACUGAAGGCGGGAUAGCUAGCCCCAACACCAUUGGAGAGCUGCUGUUCGGGUACAUUAUUCCCAGUGGCUUCAAUCUCCUGGCUUUCGUAUCCGCGGUGCUCGUUUGCAAGGUAAUCGACCACGAACAGCUGCAGAAUCUCAUAGAAAGGGUCUUCCUGAUGUCCGCCAAGCCCAAGAGGCUGUGCCGCAUGCUCUGGUUCUUCCUCGGAGUGGCGCUGGCCCUGCUGCUGCUGCUCUUCGGCUACGCCUGCUGCGUAGUAAUAAUGCAGCCAGCCCAGAUCGUCAAGAUAUCCUGGCUGGCGGAAGUUCUGAGCGACUGGGAAGUCUGGCUACGUGUGAGCCUCCUGGUCACUAUUCUCCUGCAGGACCUAGUGGAGGUCAUUAUUCUGAGCAACUACUACAUCGAGUGCUACUUGUUAAGAAUGCAUCUGGAAACGUUGUCCCACAAGCUGCUGAUGCACUCCAUCGACUCGCUGGACUGGAUGCGGGAGGUCUUGGAAUUCCGUAAGCUCCUGGAAAGGCUAAACCAGCACGUAUCGAUCCCGGUGUGCUUCCUAAUUGUGAUGAAUCUGGCGUACGCGUUCGCGGGUCUCGUUUACUUGUUUAAGGACUUUGACUUCCACUAUUGCGCCUUGAAGCUCGUCCUGCUGAACAUAGCCAAUGUGAUGCUGUGGCUUUUCCUGGGCCUUCUCCCGUUCUUCGUGGCCUCCUCUGUCACGCGUGUGUGCCAAAAUGCCCAGGCCAAUGGGCAUCAGAUACGCGUCCGGCCGUUUGUGUACCACAACACCUCGGCGGAGGAUCUCAACUCGACGCUGUUGUUCGCCGCAUCGCUGGACAUGUCCGCCAAACUCUUCCGGAUGCCCAUCCAGCCGAAUUACCUCUGCUUCGCCAUCCUCGUAGUGGUCAUCGUGAUCCUUACGCUGGGUAUGUGCCUGAAUCUCACGGCUCUGGGAAAAAUAUAACCAAGUACUUUUCUACGCCUAUGUAAAUUACAAUAAUAAAAAAUAGUAUUUGUCUAGCUUA